GCUCCUAUUUCGGCAGCGAAUCACCAAGCAGCCUAGACGGCAUAGAACCUGCAUUGAACCACGGGUUGUGUUAAGGAGUACAUUGUCCCUCGGAGGUUUUCACAAAGAGCCCACCAACAAUUUUGAAGGCUAGCUAGUUAACUAGCUAGUAUGUUGCUGUUUUUUAAAUAAAUACAGCCAGGGCAGAAACCGAUCCAGCGAGAUACAGCUUGCGUAUGUGCAGAGAAUUCUUAGUGGGGAAGCUAAAUGAUCGCAGUGGAGCACAUUUACUACCUAUAUGAUCUGGAAUCAUCGAACGAUACUAGCUAGCAGGCUGGUUAUGCUGUAGUGGGAAACUAGCUGGAUGUUAGCUGCUUCUGCAGUCAGACGAAUAACAGCAAACCUGUUCGUUUUGGUAGGCAGUACUUGAUAUGUUUGUUUUUGUGCUGAUUCACCACAUUAUUCAGGAUAUAUGUGUUCUGGUAGGGCUUAGGCAGCCGUUCGAGGUGGGAGAUGUUAUCGGCUCGCUGUGGGUGUCCUUCUAAUGAGGAGUAAGGUGACCAAUCCAACCGGCGCCUCCAGGAACCGGCAGCCCGCUGGCUAGUAAACAAAGCUGAGUGAGGCUGCUCUGGGGCCGGUUAGCGUGAGAUAGCAAUCUUCACAAUUACUUUAUACGUAGACAUGGUAACGACUUACUUUGUGAUUUUUAAAUAAAUAGGCUUUGUUAAUGCAGAUGGGUUUUCAGAAACUGUGUGCCGUAAUCAUUUGCUUAUUGCUGCCUCUGCAGCUAGUUAAACUGGUUAGUUGCUUCAUGUCGCUCGGACACGAAUAGCCGUCCACGUCAUUGCUAUUAUCCGUGUUUACCUUAACGAGCAGUAUUAAUAGUGAGAACCAGUCCCAUCUGGCUUGGGAACUACUAACUAGAUAUAGUUUCUUAUGAUCAAUAAAGGAGUAACUCCGAACAUUGUGCUGCGCUUUAGCCGAUCUCCGGACGUCCACCAUCCAGCGGCGCAUGUGAGCGACUAAGCGCACCUGACUGGGGCAAACAAAUAUAUUCAGACGAUGAAAAACUGCGAAUAUCGGCAAAUCGACCCGCAAGUCCUGUCGACACCGACACCACCGCCGACUCAAUGCGCUGAGAAGACACCGAAACAGGUCCGCAGGAAAUGGGAAGUUUUCCCGGGGAAGAACCGCUUUUUCUGCGACGGCCGUAUCAUGAUCGCCCGGCAGAGUGGCGUCCUCCCCUUGACGCUUCUCCUUAUCCUAUUCACUAGUAGCUUGUUCUUCAUCUUUGACUGCCCCUUCCUGGUGAAGCACGUGACCAGCUGCAUCCCUGUGAUUGGAGGAGUUCUCUUCACCUUUGUGGUCAUCUCCCUCCUCCAGACCAGCUUCAGUGACCCAGGCAUCCUCCCCAGGGCCACGCCCGACGAGGCAGCUGACAUCGAGAAGCAGAUAGACAGUUCCAGUUCCUCCAGUUACCGUCCACCACCUCGAGUUCGGGAGGUUCUCAUCAACCAGCAGGUGGUGAAGCUGAAGUACUGCUUCACCUGCAAGAUGUUCCGGCCGCCACGGACCUCUCACUGCAGCCUGUGUGACAACUGUGUGGAGCGGUUUGACCAUCACUGUCCCUGGGUGGGAAACUGUGUCGGCCGGCGGAACUACCGCUUCUUCUACACCUUCAUCGUCUCGCUGUCCUUCCUGACGGCCUUCGUCCUCGGCUGUGUGACCACGCACCUGGCCCUGCGUUCCCAGGGUGGAAAAGGUGUGAUCUCUGCCCUCCAGGAGAGCCCAGCCAGUGCCUUGGAGCUGGUUGUGUGCUUCUUCUCUGUCUGGUCCAUUCUGGGCCUUUCCGGGUUCCAUACCUACCUUGUGGCCUCUAAUCUCACCACCAAUGAAGAUAUAAAAGGAUCCUGGUCGGGGAACAGUGGACUGCAGAGUGCUGGGAAUCCCUACAGCUACAACAGCAUCUUUACCAACUGCUGUGCCGUGCUCUGCGGGCCCUUGCCUCCCAGCUUGAUUGACAGGAGGGGGUUACUGCCUGCAGAGGAUUCACCUGCAGCAGCUCCUGCCCCCCCAGAGAUUGAGCUCCUUGGCUUUGGGGCCAAAACCGACAUCAAUAUGGAGGACAGCUGUCAAGAUUUUGCUGUGUCUUGCACUGGAUGAGUUCAGCAGGAACCGAGCCGUACGGUGAAGAGACACUAGUUACAGCACGGGUCCAGCUUGCUUCAGUUUUUCCACUGCAGUUAUCCACCAGCGCAUCUGUGAGAAUAGUUAGCGUGUGUAAAUUUGCAUUACAAAUCCAUUCUGUUCAGCUGUUCUACGGUACUUUUUUAGGUAUAAGGCUGGAAAUUCGCAAGUUCAGAGUUAUUGGUAAUGCAUUAAUACAUCGCAACAUGUGAUACUACUAAUAAUGAAAACUGUGUAGAAUAUACACUUUUUCCUUCAGAUUAUCCACUCGCAGAACACCAGAAUCUCCAUGCAUUUCGACCAAUCAGGUGGUGGUGACACAGACGGCUUAGCCUGGUCACGCUUUUGGCCCUAUUAGUAAGCGAUGCUUUGUCAGGUUGGGUAUGGCUUAGGUAUGGCUGAAAUACUUUACUAUGGAAGAUCGGGCGUUUGCGGUACACCUCGGUUUUUGGUGGCAGAGGAAAAGUGCCAUGAAGACCGUUUUAAGUAUUUCAGUCCACAGACCCUAGCAAUGGUUUACGAAUGGAAAUCGUUUAGGAGUACCUUCAUGUGGGUGUCCUUCAAACAAAAUAAACCACAGAGAAAUGAGAACCCAGCUUUCAUGUAAGAUGCCAAUAUAUCAGCAAUGGUGAGACAUGGCAUUCUGCAACCGCCUGUUGAGUUCUUGUCUGCAGGGUCAUGGGCAGCUUAGAAAUCCUUAAUGAGUCUGUCACCUUUUCUUUUUGGCAUUCACAAGUUUCAAUGCAUUUACUAUUAAAAGUAAACACUGACAGUUUUACAUGGGUGUUCAUAUUCCUGUUUAAGGAGCAAAAAUUUAGUUUGUUUUUGCACAAAAUUAAAUGUUUAUUUCCUGUUUUUCUUGAAUUCAGUUUUUUUUGGGGGGGGAGGGGUAUGGUUUUGUUCAGAAUUUCCUUUGGGAAUGUUUCUAUUAAUUACAAGGGCUUUUAUAUUUUAGGGAGAAACCUAGUUUAAUUGAUGUAGAAGUGUUGCCCCCAGCAGCUGCUGUGAAUGGCAGUGGUGACCUGGUUACCUUCACAGAGCAGGAACUUCAUCCUGCAGUUUGCAGUGACGACCUGCCAGCUCCUCUUGUGGCUCAGUUGCACCGUUGGUGCCAGUUACUGCACCUAAGUUCUGUUUAUCAUGGGUGUUACUUCAUACCCUGGAUGUCCCCUGAGAACCUGCUAAAUGUUGCUGCAGAUUAAACAUUUAUGACUGUAUGUGCAUUUUUUCCCCUCUUUUCGCAAAGAGCCAUGUUUGCUGCACUGCGUGCUCUGCACUGCGUGCUCUGCCUGCCGCUCCCUCCAGCACCCUCUGCCCAAGGUGGAGUCCCAAGGUGCUCCUUUCCAGUGUGGGAAUCUGCUCAGGAUUACUUGCAUAAUGGACAGCAGAUAUUGCCAAAAUACAGAUUACACAGUUUCCGAACAGGACCAGCGUGUGAGUGGGGAGAAAGGGCAUUUUCACAGUGCCCAUGACCUGAACUGAGGGCCCCAACAAGCCCCGUCUUUGUGUCUCAGACCUUGUUCUACUAAAGGGAUGUGUCACGUUAGCUUUGACUCAUCUCCGGACAAGAACAGCUAGUCUCAGAUCUGGACCUCCAAGUGCUUUUGGGCCCCAUCCUCCCAGCAAUAACCCAGCAAACAGGCCCAAACCAGCACCCAGAGUCAGUGAGCACGUGGAAAUUAUCAGAGCCCUCUUCAGCAAGCUGCAAUGCUUUAUUUUGGGAAAUUACCAACUCACCAGAUCUCCCAGGACUGGAUGAUUCAACAGUCACUUCCAGGACGGAAAGGAUAGACUUGAUUACCAUCUGAACCACAUUAAUGGUCUGUGAAUCGAGGUGAAACAAGGAUUCUGAUCAAAGGAUCUGUUCACACCCCUUCAACCACAUCAGGGAUUGUGGUAAAUUAUUGGCCAUAAUCAGCGAGAGCACAGCAAAAGAGUGGAUUAUUUGUUCUGAGCUGUAGAGCUUUUAGAAAUCCAGCUAAGAUGUGACAUCCUCCGUGGAAGGUCAGGUGUCUGUCUGACCUACUCGCUCAUGUGAUAAAACAGCAAUGAAAGGGAAGCCCAGCCUUUCUCAUGGUGAUGUUAACCUGGCUGCGGCUGCUCUGGUGGACCUCUUGCAACAUCUACCUUCCCUUGACCCUUCAGUGCUUUGCAUUUGGACCUAUCUCUGGGAUUCGGGUCCCUCACUGGACCUAGUUUGCCUUUUGGAAACGGGGAUUGUGAUACUUGAUAUUUAAUACAAGGCUACUUGCCAUAAUGUGGGUGCAGAGUCAUAUUGUGAUCUUUACAGGUUCCCUGUAUGUUUGGCAGGUUUGGUUCCUCAUGUGGAUUUUGUGAGUAACUGAGUGAGUGAAUGAAUGAUUGAUACAACCAGUUUUCCUCUGCCAGUGAGUGUUCCUGUUACUUUUUGUUGCCAACUGCAGAACUUGCACAGAACCAUGUAAACCAGGUAACACUGGUCGCCUUCACCCCAGAAGCCCUUACAUCCAUGUCACGGACCGUGGUACCAUAACAUCGGUGCUGGAGAGGUGACCCCACACACACACCUAUUGCGUGCGAGGCAGGACUGUAGGUUCACCUCUUCCGGCUCAUUGGAGGUUCUUAUUGGCAGAUGUGUGGAAAAAGUGUUCCUAAAACCCAUUGUGAAAACUGGUGAGCAGGAUUGACUAAACUUGCUAGUGCUUGUUGUUUUUCCUUUUUGUUUCCUAAGGGCUCGUUAAUUCCAAUGUUAAAUAAACAAAUGAACAUGAUAUUAUUUUGCUUA